CUCUCUCACACACACGCACGCUCCAGAGACCAGCCACACCGGUUUUUACACACCACGUAAAACACACCCGACAGGUGCUACCGGGGAAUUUCACGGAUCUGUUUCAGAGCUAGACAUCCACUCUGCUGGCUGUGAUGGUAGCCUUGGACUACAUGUACCGAUGUAGGAGUCUUCUUCAGUCACCACGGCGGGACAUUUCCAGGACCCCAGAACUGUGGUAAGAUACAACUUGACAGUCGUUGUUGGGAUACACAAGGUAGCCCACAAAGUCCAUAAUCACCCGAGAGCCAGAGAACCUUAGAACUGGAGAACCUUAGAACCGGAGAACCUUAGAUCCGGAUCAUGUGGCUGGUGGGGAGGAUCAGGGAGGGCUUGGAGAACAUUCCCCAGGAGCUGGGACGCUAUGUGGACAAGAGCAAGGACGACAUCUCAGCCAAGACCAGCCUCUCCAACAAGCUACACAGCAACAUCCUGACGCCAGGCAACAUCCCCGAGUUCUGCUUGCCCCCUCGUCUGACCAGGAGCCCCCUGCUGGCCAGCCAGAGAACUGCAGCCCUGCCACGCAGCCCCAGGAUCAGCCUCGAACCCUCUGGAUCCCCGCAUCGGACCCCACAGAGAGAAAACGCCCGGGUAGGAAGCGGUACGGAAGCCCAGAAGGGUCAAAAGCCCCCGCCAUUCUCCGCUGAGGGAUACGGCCUCGCGGGGAUGCACGAGAGUGCGAACACCAGACGCAAAGAGUCCCUGUUCCACUCCAGCCAUCCUGUCCUCACUCUGGACAGAUCCCUGCCUCUGCCCCUACCCAAAACCACCACCAGGGCAGCGCCAGAGAGAUACUUCCCCAAAACAAACAUCCAAUCCGGGCUGACAAACUCCUUCAAGAGCCUAUCAAAGACGGGCAGCACCGAGAGCGACACCCCCUCGUCUGACGACUCCACCCCCCUCGGCUCCCCCCUCCUCACGCAGUCUUGCUCCAGCCCCGCCCUCACCCUCGUGCUGGAGGGCGUCGAGGAGGGAGACCCCCUCCUCCAGCCAGGCCACUGCAUGGGGGUUCCUCCACAAGGGAGCCCUCUGUCAUGCUUAUUUUUUACCCCCAGACAGAACAGGAGGAGGAGGGGAGUCUCACCCCAGCCGUUCCCCCACGCCCACCAUCCAAUCCCCAACCUCGGCUCUCUGGCCCCGCCCCUCCUCUUCCCAUUGGACAUCCUCCAUUGCCAGGAGCGUCCGCGGCGGGAGCGCGUCCUCCCAUUAACGGGGCGUGGCGGGGUCCGCCUCUCCGCCGAGCGCACCCCCUCCCCGGUGGACCCCUCACUGUCCACGGUGCGCGUGCGUGUCGUCUCCGUGGAGGGCCUGAGGGUCGACGGCGACCUGCGACCUUUGAACUGCUGCCUGAGCUUGAGCCUUACCCCCGGGAAGCUGCAGAGGCAGGAGAGCGCCGUCAUCAAGAACUGCCGACGCCCCGUGUUCAACGAGGACUUCUUCUUCACGGACCUGAGCCCAGACCACUUGCUGGGGCUUGAGCUCAGGGUGAAGGUGCUGGAAAAGGCCGGCCACUCCGCCCUGAGGAAGGGGGCAGUGCUGGGGGUCACCACGGAAUCCCUGGCACAGCUGCUGCCCUUUGAUUAAGAACUGCCUAAGGAACCAGAUACGCCCCAGAGACCAGUUUUAACUGCCCCUUAGUGGUCCUGUGGCCUGUUUCUUCCCCUUCAACUGCUAUUGGGCCUGUUAUGUGUAACUUCUUGGUUGUGUGGAUGUUAUAGCUUGCUAUUGUCGUUUUACUUAAUUUGUCGCUUAAAGCUGCAGUUGGUAAUGGUAAAAAGAAUGUUGAAUGUGAAAAAACAGUGCCACCAAUUAUUGUCUGAAUUUAAACGCUUUUGAUUGACAGUGGUUUCCCAAAACAAGCCAAUGAUGAAAGUUGGAAUUGGUUGGAACAGGAUGUUUAUAGGGGACAAACGAUUUUUUUCUGUUAAAAAUUAAACGUUAAGUAUUGUACCUUUAACACCAUGGUCAGCUGAUCUGCAUCCCCAUAACCUAGUCUAGAACAAAAACAUUGCUGCUACAUUAUUACUGACACUAGUCAAAGCAGCAUCAUGGGGAGAUUUGCAUUGAGAACCUACUUCUACUGUUGUGAUUUACUUAUAAGCAAUAAAAUU